CCUGGGAAGGCUCCUAGGCACGUACUUGCCUUGUUCACGCGGGUCAUUGCUCCACCUAAAUUCUAAGCUUCACACCUGUUACCAGCCUCUUAUGCUCUGCCUCUUCUCUGUCUUCUUCUUCAUCAUCCCCUCCGUCCACAUCGAGAGAGACGGCACACCAGCAUAAAGCACCGUGUUGAUACACGCAACACAUUGCCUGUCAACACCAACACUCGUCUCCCUACGAGUUACGCAAGUCUACCCAUCGACCGGCCCAUCAGCACCACAGCACUAGCCUGCCACAUUCUACUUCUCCCAAACCGCUAAGGUCGUGAUGCGACGGAGUGUCCUCUAGACCUCAUCAUCGUCUUCCAUUCUAUCUCUUCCACCGGCUUGCCAUAUUCGCCAUCCUAAGUCCUCUGGAAACCAGCCCGAUUGAUCCAUCGAAAGUUGUUACCAUUACUGCUACUACUCCAAGUAGCUAGUAACUGCUCAAGAUGUCCGGCUUAUUCGGCAAUGCCUCUUCAUCUGCCUCUAGUAGUAACACUAUUGGUGAUCUGAAGAAUGAUGUUGCUAUCUCCAAUCCUCCCGAAGACACCGUCUCAGGCCUCUCCUUCUCGCCUACGUCCGACAUUCUAGCCGUCUCGAGCUGGGACAAGAAAGUCCGCAUCUACCAGAUCGCGCCCAACGGUUCAAGUGAAGGAAAACACAUGUACGAGCAUGAUGCUCCGGUCCUCAGUGUAGAUUUUUCCAAGGACGGCAACAAGGUUGUCUCCUCCGGAGCCGACAAGCAGGCCAAGGUUUGCGACCUCCAAACCCUCCAGACCGCCCAGGUGGCCGCCCACGACCAGACCGUUCGAUGCGCGCGCUUCUUCGAGUUGCCCAAUUCCAACGGUCCCAUGCUUGUGACAGGCUCCUGGGACAAGACCGUCAAGUACUGGGAUCUCCGAACCAGCAACCCGGUCGGAACUGUGGCAUGCCAGGAGCGCGUCUAUUCCAUGGAUGUGCGCAAUUCGCUUCUUGUCAUCGGAACUGCCGAUCGAUACAUCAAUGUCAUCAACCUGCAGGAUCCCCUCAAGUUCUACAAGACUCUCCAGAGCCCACUCAAGUGGCAGACUCGGGUGGUGAGCUGCUUUACCGACGCUACUGGAUUUGCAAUCGGAAGUAUCGAGGGACGAUGCGCUAUUCAAUACGUGGAGGACAAGGACUCGGGCUCCAACUUCUCAUUCAAGUGCCAUCGAGACCCGCCCCAGGGCAAUACUACCCAGGUCUACUCAGUCAACGAUAUAUCCUUCCACCCUCAGCACGGAACGUUCAGCACGGCUGGUAGCGAUGGUACGUUCCACUUCUGGGACAAGGACGCGAAGCACCGCCUCAAGGGCUAUCCUACCGUCGGCGGUAGCAUUACCGCCACGACAUUCAAUAGUAGCGGCAGCAUAUUCGCCUACUCGAUCGGCUAUGAUUGGAGCAAAGGCUACAUUGGUAAUAGCCAGAACUAUCCGAACAAGGUCAUGCUUCACCCCAUCCAAGGCGACGAGUGCAAGCCCCGCCCUAGCGUCAAGAAGCGAUAGAACCGAGGAGAAGGGCAGCUAGGGUCGGGAUCAAAAGAGGGGGAAGAUAAGCUGCCGCAGAAAGGUACAGAUCUAUGAAGUGGUGACGGGACAAGGGGGAAAGAAGGGGGGAAAGGACUGGGACACAGGCCUAUGCUUUUGCUAACGGAGGCUACUAGCCUGACAGGUGGUUUGCGGCGUCCAAUGUAACGGUCGGAAGGGAGAGGGAAUUCCGACAGAAGUAUAGAUGCGAGUCCUGCGUAAUCUCCCCCCGAAACGCACCUUUUCUCUCACGGGAGAUUCUGCUUCUUUUCGAGGGAGAGACACCUAGUGGAGUGAAAAAUAAUUAUCUGAAAAAAAGAAGAAAUUAAUGAGGGAUACCCUAUGAUACGGAGGGAGGGGGGCAGGCAGAGUGAUACCCAAGUGAGUAAACGCGAGUGGGCGGGCGGUCGGGUGGUCGGAGUGCUGCUCUACUGUUAGGGACGCUCGCUCUUAUGUUGGGUCAGAUAAGAUGUAAUAGUAUGGGGACAAGUCAUGCGCAGUUAGAUCUAGAUAGGUAAAUAGGUAAAUAGACAUACCUGUGCAGACCAACCGACCCCCGCGCACACCAAC